AUGUCCUCAAAUCGUGGAACAUCUGCGAGCAGUAGCAGUUUACAGUUAAACACUACGCAGCUGUUGCUUGUGCGUAAAACAUGGGCACAUGCAAGAAGUCAAGGAUCACUGGAACCGGCAAUGAGCAUCUUUCGAAACAGUUUCUUCAAAUGUGCCGAAAUUCGAACACUAAUGAUGGCUGGGCCCAAAAAUGCUGAAAUUAUGGACAAAUUGAUAACAGGGCUGGAAAGUAAAAAAGAGGUAGUAGAGGAGCUGCGGUCAGCUGGUCGGGCGCAUAUUUCAUUGCCUCGGGAUUCGCGCGAACAAUGUUUGUAA